AUGUCAGACGUCGCAGCCCUGGAGGCUGAGGUAAAGGAGUUCAAGCUUCAGCUUGAAACUGUUCAAUCUAGUUUGCAGGUAGACCCAGAUAACACGGAAUUGCAGAGUCUCAAAGCUGAGCUGGAAGAACUUAUAAACUUCACUGAAACAUCAAUCGCCGAGCUCAAACCUGCCGCUCCCCAGCCAUACACCGCUCCGACAAGAUCAAAAGGCUCCAGAGACGACUACGCCUCAAAGCCCAGCUAUCGUGCCCCGGCAGUCGACCAAGCAGAUGAUAACUCCAACUCCGCACCCGCUUCGUUCUCCGUAAACGAGCAUGUGCUCGCCCGUUGGGUGUCCGGCGACAAUUCGUUCUACCCGGCACGCAUCACUUCCAUCACCGGCUCGUCCAGCAACCCCGUUUACAUUGUCUCGUUCAAGUCAUAUGGGACGGUGGAAUCCCUAACUGCAAAAGAUCUCAAACCCAUUUCCAACAGUGACUCGCGAAAACGCAAGGCUGAUGGAAGCCCAGGCAGCUCAAACCACUCCCCAGUUCCUCAACCUCCCCACGCAAGCGUCAUCUCGGCCGCAGCAGAUAUCAACCCCGCACUGGCAAACCAGGCACGCAAGGACCCUAAUAAGGUCGGCGACGGGCCUGGGCGCCCUACGAAGGCAGCGCGGAAGGUCAAGGCCAACAAGGAGCUCGAGGCGGGUAAGAACAAGUGGAAGGAUUUUGCCAGCAAGACCAAGAUUGGGCGGAAGGACAGCAUGUUCAGGACUGGUGAGGGUGUGAAUGCUCGAGUUGGUUUUACCGGAUCGGGACAAACGAUGCGCAAAGAUCCUACUCGGUCGCGACACGUCUAUCAGCAGGGGGAAGAGGAUAAUUAUUGA